UUAUGGAACUGGGACCAUGUAUCUCGGUGGUCUGGCCCUUGGUGGUUUGUGGGGCAUGCGCGAAGGCGCUCGAAGACCGCUUGCUGUGUCAAACACCAGGCUGCGGAUCAACAGUAUCCUCAACUCCGUGACUCGACGAGGCACAUUUAUUGGUAACUCGGCUGGUGUCCUCGCCCUCGUGUAUAAUGGAGUUAAUUGUUCCAUUGACGCUAUGAGAGGAAAGCACGAUAUUCUCGGAAGCAUGGGAGCUGGUGGAAUUACGGGAGUCCUCUACAAGUCUACGGCCGGAGUAAAGCCCGCUCUCUCAGCAGCAAUUUUCAUGUCCGGGGUAGCAGGAAUUUGGAGUUAUGUCAAAAAGAUCGUUUAAUCGACACGUUAUGUAUUGUCUAAUACUAAUCCCACUUCUCUGGACCUGGCG